AUGGAGUGCUUACCAUCUAGUGCUCCACAACGAGCGGGGGUAGCGGCGGCUAACCUGUCCCUGACGUUGGCACCGGCGGCCUGCGGCAGCUCCGGCGACGGCGACGACGACGACGACGUGGGAGGCAGGAACGUGCGUCGUCGUCUUUACCCCUGUCUUUUCUGCGACAAGACGUUCCUCAAGUCGCAGGCGCUCGGUGGCCACCAGAAUGCCCACAAAAAGGAGCGAAGCACCAGCUGGAACCCCUACGUCUACGACGGCCAGCACGCCGGCACCAUCGCUGAGCCGACGCCGGCCUUGUCGUCGUCGAUCGUCGGCCGCAGCGUCAGCAGCGCUGCCACCUUGUCCAUUCCAUCGCAGUCUCACGGUGGCAGCGCCAUGCGCGCGGAGCCUGUGCCUGCCGGUGGCCGUGACGGGACAGAUGGCAUUGGCACCGCCGUCGUCCCAAACUUUCGAGCGAGAAUGCUGCAAAGGCGGCGGGCGGCGCUAUUCGCACCGGUGAACAUCAGGUCAGCAGAGAUGGAUACGGUGGUGGCUGAUGGCACGAUCGACAUGCUCAAUUGGGUCAGGGCCUCAGUUGCGCCUGAGGCCACCAGUGCUGGCACCACAGCUGACCUGCAGGGUGAGCAUCUGGAUCUCAACCUUGAGCUGAGACUCUAG